AUGGCUCCCCAUACCCUCCAUCCCUCUAUCUCGCCCCCACCGUCCCUGGGCGAGUCGUUUGAGGCGGAGAGCCGCAUUCGUGCACGCAUGGAGCGGCUCUUCCUCCCACCACGCAUGGUUGGUUCUCUUGACCCGCAACGUGUGACUCCCCUCACGCACCCCUUCCUAUCCAAUCCUCUCUCUCGCCCCCAACCACACUACAGGGCAUCCCUGAAAGAGUCAUUUGAGGCGGAGAGUGCCUUCGUGCACGCCAUGCAGUGGCUUUUCCUCCUCCCACCGGCUUCCUUGGGCGAGUCGUUCGAGGCGGAGAGUGCCUUCGUGCACACCAUGGAGCGCUUCUUUGGUGCCCCGGAGGAUACAGUCACCAUCGCGAUUGGCGGUGAACCCCAACCCCAACCACUGGGCGGUGAGCUGCGCAGGGUGCCGGUGUAA